UCUGCCACCCUAUAUAUAAAUUUUAGCACAAAAAAACAUUACAUCUAAUUUAUGUGUGCAUGCAUGCAUGUCGCUUUCCACGUAGAAUUAAUAUAACGUAUUCGAUCAGGCGUUUGAAAAUAAAGAGGUGGUUGGAUCACAUUCAUACGCUUUCGCUAUCUCCCUCCCUCUCGAUUCAUCUUCUUCCUGAGAGAGGGAGACACCCAUCGCCUCCGUCUCUCAUAUUAUCUUCCCAACAAUAUAAUAGGUGUGGUGGGUGAUUGAUUAGCAGGGAAACGUUGGAUUUACGCAUCUUCAUCAAAGAUCAACAUGCUCAUGUUCCUCUGAUUCUCGAUCUCAGUGUGUUUAUCAGGUAUUCUGGUUCCUGCAUUGCUGGGGUGGUUCUGGUGCGUUCAUUACAAUGGGUGCUUGCGUGUCGACACAAUCCCAGGCUUCCCAGCAGGUGGUUGGGUCGCGGAAGAAGCGCCUCUUCAAACGCCGCCAUGGGAAGGUUGUUCCAGGUGCUGUUCCUGAGGAUGCCAGGAAAAUGGAUGAUUUUGUUCACACCACCACCACGUGCAGACGAUCUGCGGUUUCUAACUCCAUGUACCAUCUUACCCAGCUGCAAUGGCACAGCCAAAGAGGUUCCAAUGUAAUUUGCCAAGAAGAGUCAUGGUUUGACACUGCUAGCAUUCUGGAUUCUGAAGAAGAUGAUGACUUUAGCAGUGUUUAUGGAGAUUUUUUCCCUGGCAGGCUAAGUGGGCAAGUGAUACAAUAUGAAGUCCAUGAAAGAUAUAUAAAGCUGGAUGGCAGCAAAACAGAUAAACUUGCAAACAAAGAUUUCAAGGAGCCAAAAGGACUUGCACUUUUAACUGCCCCAGCCUAUGACCUCCAACCUGUGAAGAAUCCUCAGGAGUUAGACCUCAUAAACAAGAAAAAAUUGGACCGCGGUUAUGGCAGUUUUAAUAUCGUGACAUCCAACAGACAUGACCCUGCAACAGGCGAUAAUGUCUUGAAGACUGUCUUGCCUAAGCUGGGAAGUUCUGUGAGUUUCAAUGACAAGAUCAUGUCUGCUUCAAAUUCAGGAAUUUGUUCUCAAACCCGGAAAUCCACUGUCAUCAGGCUAUCUAUAACGCAGAUUAAUGAAUCACAAGAAGCUGCAGAUCCCGUUUGUACACCGAAAAAAUACCUUUACCGUCCAAGAGCAGGACUCAUAAUUCCUUGCUGUACAGACGAAAAACAGCCCUCAGGAACUUGGUCUGCAAUUGAGCCCUCAAAUUUUAAGCUCAGAGCUGAUACUUAUUUUACAGAUAAGAAGAAAGCCCCUGCUCCAAAUUUCUGUCCUUAUACUCCUAUUGGAGUUGAUUUAUUCAAGUCUCCGAAAAAGAUCAAUCACAUUGCACAGCACCUCGAGCUUCCCCCGAUGACACCAGAUGAAAAUCUUCCUUCAUUACUCAUAGUUAACAUUCAGCUGCCUAAUUAUACUGCUGCAAUGUUCCUCGGAGAUGGUGACGGGGAGGGCACGAGCCUUGUAUUGUACUUUAAACUUAAUGAAGGUUAUGAACAAGACAUCUCCCCACAAUUCCAGGACAGCAUUAAGAAACUAGUUGAAGAUGACAUGGAAAAGGUUAAAGGAUUUGCAAAAGACUCGACAGUUCCCUAUAGAGAGAGGCUGAAGAUCAUGGUUGGGGUGGUUAAUCCAGAUGAUCUCGUAUCAACUUCAACCGAAAGGAAACUCCUGAAUGCAUACAAUGAAAAACCAGUGCUCUCCCGCCCUCAACACGACUUCUUCCAGGGUCCAAACUACUUUGAGAUUGAUCUGGACAUCCAUCGCUUCAGCUACAUUGCAAGAAAGGGACUCGAUGCAUUCAGAGAACGCCUGAAAGAGGGGAUUCUGGAUCUUGGUUUGACAAUCCAGGCACAAAAACCAGAAGAGUUGCCUGAGACAAUGCUGUGCUGUGUAAGACUAAACAAGAUUGACUUUGUGGACAGAGGACAAAUCCCAACACUGAUGAGGGUUGAGGAUAAUGAGCAGUCUUCCCAGAGUGGCAUCCGUGGACUGCUGACAGAUGCUUGAGGAAAUUAAAUUAAAUAUAUGUAAUAAUAUAUAGUAUUAAAAUAGGGUUAAGUGAAAUAAUUAUUACUGUAACAUACCAUUAUCAGGAUGCAACUGCAUGCAAGCAAUUUUGGCCCUUCUUCCCCCCAAAUGCAAACAAUAAGAAAAGUUUUGCAUUGGAAUUGGUUUCUUUACAUGAAUCAUUGUAUGUGAUCCAUGUAAUUUCUUUUGAAUUCCAUUUAAGUUUUCCAGUUGUGUUAAA